AUGCGUACAUCAAUGAUAGCUGCGAGGCAUACAGACGACUUCGUACCAAAACUCAGACAAAUUAUGUUUGGAAUUCGACUGACUGAUGAACAGCUACGUCGAAAUGAAACAAUUGACAUUGAAAAACGUAAAGUAUCUAGUCCUCAGAAUGCACCAGAUAAUUCUUUUUUAAUAUAUCGUCCAAGUGCAUCAACAAUGCUUUUAUCCAAUUCAUUAUCACCUUAUAUCUAUUUUCUACAUGUUGAUGGGAUGAUUGCUGGAGGUCAACGUGGUACUCUACACUUUCCACUCGUUUAG